GUGGCUUGGAGACACACAGCAGGGACAGAGCGACUAUCACAAACGGUUUGAGCAAUGUCCCUCAACUUAUCAGAAAACGACAUUGCGGAUUACCUACGUCGUCAUGACAACGCCUACGCCAUCCAAACUUUACCCGCCAUCUUGUACCUCGUCAUACUGAUGCUACUGGGCUUUGUCGGCAACUCCAUCGUCUGCUAUGUCUAUCUCUUUAAGUUUCAAAGUGUCACAACCACAUCAUACUUCGUCGUGGCAUUGGCAGUGCUGGAUCUCUUAAACUGCAUCACAAACAUCCCCUUUGAAAUCGUCGACCUCAGACACAACUUUACCCUCGGAUCUUCGGUCGUCUGCAAGAUCAUGCCAUUGACCGUGACCUUUGUAUCUCUUGCCUCUGGAACUGUUUUGCUAGCCGUUGCAGUGGACAGGUAUCGGAAGGUGUGUCAUGCGUUUCGCAAACAGUUGACGAAAUCGACAGCAAAGUUGGCCAUUCUGCUUUGUUUUGUAUUGGCUGCCGGUAUCUCCGCGCCGAGUGUGUUUCUAUUUGGGCCAAGGACGGUCGUGCUUGGCGGGGACGUUAACGGCUCCGAAUGUGGCGUAUCGGAAUCCUUUGAAGGGAGCGUGUUCGCUGUCGUUUACAACGGAGUCCAGUUUCUCGAGUUUGUCGUUGCCACAGUGACUAUCGUCGUGCUGUAUUUAUUAAUAUGGCGUCAGAUAUCAAGGCAGCACAAAUACCUGAGCACGGUAACCACGAGCGCCAAUACUGGACGAACCUUUGAGGUUCACGUUGCCCGCAGCAAAGAGAACGAGGACACGUCAAUGUCAACGGGAGAUCUAUAUAUUUCGUCCUCAAAUGACAGCGAACAGGGUAAGAGUAUCUCCAAUGUCAGCAAAUCACAGGAUUCGACCUUUCCUGGGAACGACAGUGCUACAACAGUCCAAAGACAGACAAAUCUUGAAGAUGCACAACAGCCAUCUCAGUCUGUCGACAAAGACACAGUGAAGGUCAAGGACACGCCAAGGUCACAACGUGAGAUACAAGUCCGGAAGACAACAUUAAUGCUAUUCCUCAUCAGCCUCGUUUUCAUUCUCAGCUUCCUGCCUCAUCUUGGCAUCAUGGCGGCCACCGUUAUCAACAAGCACCUGUACGACAAUCUCCAAGGAGCCCAGAUUGCCGCAUACAACAUCUGUCAGAGAUCCUACUUCAUCAACAGCGCCUCCAACCCCAUCAUUUACAGCUUCUGCAGCGUCAACUUCCGUCGAGCUGUCAGGGAUAUGAUAAAGAGGAAGAAAUAAUAUUUAAAAACAGACUCAGAAACGAUUAGCAUGUUGGCCUAAUGAAUCUGACGUGAACACAAUAGUGAUAACAUUAGCCUAUAUUAUGCAAUGUUUAGGUAUUAUUUUUUUUAUAUAUAAUCUAUUUUUGUUCACUGCAAUACAUUUUUUUUAGAAUCGAAAAUAAUUGCAGUUGACGAAGUAUUAGUCCAGCUAUUGUAUUCUUGUAAUUGUGUCUGAUUUUGUUUUCUUACCUGCGUUAAUAAACUUGCAUUAAUAGAAAUUGUCAUGAUCAUGCCAUUCUUUCAAAACCGGUUCAGUGAAAGGUAGACUGCUUGACGUGUAUCUCUGUUUCAGUGAAUGCUGGGGUAGGAAACUAAUUUGCUAUCCCAUGACCACUGUCAUGUCUGAAAUGUUGUAAAGUUGAGCCGAAAAAGGCUAAGUUUCUUAUUUUCAAAGAUAUGUCUACAAAACACAUCUGGAUGUAUUUAAUAUUCAAACUAAUUUAUAUUUUUAAAACCCACGACAAAUCGUUCUUUGAUUACUGUCAAAGUGAUACUACAGUUCAUGUAUAACAUCGCUAACGUUUGAUAUUAUCAGCUGAAAAUCAAAAACAAAAUAAAAUCAACAGAGAUGUUUA